AAGAAAUUAGGUAGUGGAUAUAAAAUAUUUAUUAAAUUGGAGUAGCUAACCAAUGUUAAUGGUAUUUUAAUAUCCAAAGCUUGUUAUAUAUCGUAGGGAGAGCGAUAGAAAUUACGCAACGACAGAGUUACGUAAAAAUACGAGUGUUUUGUGUGUGUGAGUGUGUGUAUACACUACACAAUACGACGCGGUGUACGUAAAUACAAGCGUACGGGUAUGAAAUAUAGAAUAAAUAAUGAGAAUAAAUGUCGAGUUAAAUAAAUUAAAUAUUCUUAAAUGAUAUUAGUGAAUAUUGAAUAUAUAUGAAUAAAGAAUCAGGAAAUUCAGAUAUUGAGAGUAGUUCUUCGGAUGAAUCGAUAGAACAAGUUAAAAAUAAAAAAUUAGGAAAAGAAGUAGUAAGGAAAAAUAGGAUAAUAAAAGAGGAAUUUUUAAUAGACACUACAGAAAUAAUAGAAGGAAUAGACAACGUUACUAGAAAAAAUUAUUUUAGGACUUUAAGUCAAACAGAAGAGUUAGGUAAAGUACUUACCCCUCAGAAAAGUGUAAAACAAAAAUUGUCGGGUAGAUCAGGUUCUAGAUCUGAUCCCGGUGUAAAACACGUUCAAUUACAGCAAAUAACUAGGAAAAAAGUAGCGAACGUAAAACAUAAGAUGGAUUUAGAUAAAGCAGUUUCUAUGAUUCCGAUUUGCACGGGUAAAAAGGACGUAGCAGAAUUUAUAAAUACAUGUGAGAUAGCACUCAACGAUAUUGCAGAGAUAGAUAAACAACUAUUGUUAAAAAUUAUAACUUCUAAGUUAGCGGGAAAUGCUUUAGAGGUAACCAAGUAUCGUACGUUAGAUUCUUGGGAAGCAAUAAAAUCAAUUUUACAAGGGGCAUUUGAGCAUAAAAUUUCGGAAAGGGCUUUAUCAAUAGGUUUAAAUACGGCACGUAUGGCAGAAGGUGAAAGUGUAGCGAAAUUCGCGAAUAGAAUCGAAGAAUUAUAUUACAAAUUAUGUGCAGCUAGUACCGUAGGGUUGAACAAAGCUGAGGAAACUGUAGUGAAAAGCCAAACGAAAAAACAGGCUAUGAUUAUAUUUAUGACGGGUUUACCAAAUCACUUAUAUAUAGUACUGAAAGCAAGAAGUCCUAAGUCUUUAGAGGAGUGUAUACAAAUGGCUCUUGACGAAGAAAUCGAAUAUAAUUCUAGGAUGAGUAUAGAAAAUUUACAGAAUAAUGCGGAAAGUCAAAGUUUUAGUAAAAACGAAAAUCAGGGUGUAAAUGGGAAUACAAAACAACAGAAUAAUAAUGGUAAAAUUAAUACAUUUUACCGCGGUAAUAAUGGUCAUAUGAAUCAAAACGGUAGAAAUAAUAAUUUUAAUAAUCGAAAUGGUUAUAAUGACGGAUAUAAUAAAUUCAAUAAAAAUGUUAAUCGCGGAGGAUACAGUAAUUUUAAUAAUAAUAAUCGUAACGGAUACAGUAAUUUUGAUAGUAAUAAUCGUAACGGAUACAGUAAUCGUACAGGAUACAGUAAUUCCAAUAAUCGCGGCGGAUAUAGUAACAAUUAUAGACAAAAUUAUAACGAAAAUAAUAAUCAGCGAAAUAAUUUUGGUAAUCAGAAUAGAAGUAACACUGGAUGUUACACGUGUGGGAAAACAAACCAUAUCGCAAGAGAGUGCUGGCAAACGAACGGUCGACCAGGCGGAAACGACCGAGCAAAUACACAUAACACCAGUCGUGAUAAUGGUGCGCGUAAUUCUGGAGGUGGUAAUAGUAGUAGAAACAAUACGGGUGUUCAGAAUUUGCAUUGUAGUUAUUGUAAUAAAAUAGGACAUGAAAUUUCGAAUUGUUUUACAAAACAGAAAAACGAGAAAAAUAAUUCAAAAAAUUCCAAAGGGCAAGUUCCAGUGGGCGUCAGGCUUGUCCAAGAGAUAAUGGAAUCGCCACAAAACGAUGUUUUCACAUCACAACUAAAUUAA